AUGGACGGCCAGGUGAGGGAUCAUCCUUCAGCCGCCGCGGUUGAUGACGGCGCGCCGAGCACGAGCGGCGGUAGCGCGAACGCGCCCGCGCACCACUACGCCGACGACGACAAUGCGGGCGGCGGCGGCGGGCCCAAGGUCUGGGUCCUCGUGCUCCUCUUCGCGCUGCUCCUGCUGCCCUUCCUGCCCUCCGCGAUGCGCCGCGGCGGCGGGACGCCUUGGGCUGGAGGAGGAAACGGAGGCGGUGGCGGCACUGGAGGAGGAGGAGGAGGGUACCGCCGCGGCGGGAUCAACUUCAAGAGCGGCUGGGACGUGGUCAACCUCUGCCUCGUGCUCUUCGCCAUCCUCUGCGGACUCCUUGGCCGCAGCAGCGGCGGCGGCGGCGACGGGGACGGGGACUCCUAUUCCGCCGCGACUUCCGGCGCGCCGGCCAAGGACGAUCAUCGCCAGGCAUCCUCGGCGCGCGCCGCGGGGGCAGAGCCCGUCACGGCGGCGACUACGAGCUCGGGGGAGUGGGACGGCUACGACGACUCCAUGUCCGCCAUCUACGCCAGCCUGUCCCGCACCAACCACGCCCACGCCUCGGGGAUCCGCCGGAUGAAGAGCAGCAGCUCCUACCCGGAGCUGCGCCUCGGCAGCGACGGCGUCUGGGCCCUUGCGUCCCCGGAGGCCGCCUGGCGCUUCUACGACGACGCCGAGCUGUACCGGACCCGCCGCCCGGAGCGGCAGGAGCGGACCUGGGACGUCGACCCGCACGGGAGCGGGAGGACAGCCACGACGGAGGUCAAGACCAUCCCCGUCGACACCUUCGUCGAGCGCGGCCGGACCGAGCAGCCUCGGGAGCCGCGGAGGCGGCGGAGGAGCGUCGAGAGGCUCCCCAGGAUGGCUAAGGUGGACGAGGAGAGGCCGCCGCAACAACAGAGGGGGGAGGCGCUGGCAACGCCGAGGCUCAGGAGGUGGAACUCCGAGGUUGUUGACGUGAUGCCAGAACAAGAGGCGAUGGUGGCGCCGGCGAGGAGCAGGAGGUGGGACUCGGAGGUGGUGGGCGCCAUGCCGGAGCAGGAGGCGCCGGUAGCGCCGGUGAGGCUCAGGAGGUGGAACUCGGAGUCGUUGGAUAGCAUACUGGAGCAGGAAGCGAGAGUGGCGCCGGCGAGGAGCAGGAGAUGGGACUCGGAGGUGGUGGACGCCAUGCCGGAGCAGAACGCGACGGUGGCGCCGGCAAGGCUCAGGAGGUGGAGCUCAGAGUCGCUGGAUAGCAUACUGGAGCAGGAGGCGAGAGUGGCGUCGGCGAGGAGCAGGAGGUGGGACUCGGAGGUGGUGGACAUCAUGCCGGAACAGGAGGCAGCGGUUGCGCCGGCGAGGCUCAGGAGGUGGAACUCAGAGUCAUUGGAUAUGAUACUCGAGCAGGAAGCAGCGGUGGCUCCGGCAAGGAGCAGGAGGUGGACCUCGGAGGCGGUGGACGUGACAACGGAGCGGGAGGCGCCGGUGGCGCCGGCAAGGAGCAGGAGGUGGAACUCAGACGCAGUGAAUGUAAUACCGGAGCAGGAAGCGCCGGUGGCCCCGGCGUGGAGCAGGAGGUGGAGCUCGAAGGCGGUGGACGUGAUCCCGGAGCAGGAAGCGCCGGUGGCGAUGGCGCCUGCUGCUCCACCACCUCCGCCUCUGCCGCCGGCGCCCCGUCGACGGCGACGGCACAGCGUCGAGACACUGCCGAGACCAGAGGAAUUGGAGCAAGAGAUAGUUGUGGAAGAAGUGAGGAACCCGAUGCCGCCGCCAUCGCCGGCCAUGUUCCCGCCUGGAACGCCACCCCCUCCGCCCCCUCUUCCGCCUCCCUCGACGGUGUCGCGCAGCAAGAAGAAGCGCAGCGGCAGCGUGGGCGGCGCCAAGGAGCUAGCGUCCGCCAUUGCUACGUUCUACCAGAAGAAGCGCAAGAGCAUCACCAUGAAGGCCAAGCGGAGGCCCCAUCACCACCACCACCAUUCCGAUGGCCACUACUCGUCGCCGUCGUCAGAUGCGUCGGCGAGCCCGGACUCCACUGCUCGCACCACCACCAACGCCCCUCCGCGGCCGCCGCCUCCACCACCGCCUCCUCCCCCGCCACCGCCUUCCUCCAUCUUCUCCAAUCUCUUCAAGAAGGGCAGUAAGAGCCGCCGCAUCCACUCCGUCGCGCCACCGCAGCCGCCACCCCCGCCUCCACCCACUCGCCGGUCCAAGAAACCGCCACCGCCUCCGUCUCGCCCCGCGCCUCCAGCACCCCCGCCACCACCAGUCAGGACACGGCCGCCACGCGCCCACGUGCACACGCCCACACCGCAGCCGCCGUUAUACCCGAGGCGCGUCUACUACACCUACUACCCGCUCCCGCCGCCGUCUCCGCCGCUACCUCCGCCUCCUCCUCCUCCGCCACCGCUGGUGUCAGAGGGCGAGGAUGACUCCCCUUCCGUCACGGCGUCGCCGGCGCCGGCGUACUGCGCGAGCCCCGACGUGAACACGAAGGCGGACAGGUUCAUCGAGAGCUUCCGCGAGGGGCUGAAGCUGGAGAAGCUCAACUCGUACCGGGAGAAGUGGCAGAGGCAGAUCCAAGAGAGCGCCGCCGUCGAGAUCGAGGAGGAAGGGGAGUUCAUGGUGAUCGGGUCCCUCUUCGGCGACGACGACGAAGACGAAGAUGACAGCAUCUCGUUGCCGCAGACACCGGCGACCGCCGCUGUCGCCGUCGGAUUCUAA